AUGAGACCUCCAAGCACCUCCCUAACAAGAUGCUAUAUUCGAUCCGCUCAUAAGUACGCUUCCAGACCGCCCCAGGUGAUUCCAUAUAAGACCGGUCAGCCGAUGCACGAAACAAGAAAACAUUAUCUUCCCCAACCAGGCUUCCUCACUCCGGGUAUCACGGCUUUGGAAUACUACGAGAGACGAAUGCGUCUAGCGAAAGAGUUGCCGGUCGGCUCUGCCGCCAUUGUGGCCGGUAACCAGGUGGUGCACAGCUCAGGAUCAGUGUUCUACCAUUUCCAGCAGGAUAACGACAUGUACUAUCUCACCGGCUGGCUUGAGCCGGACUCGGUGGCUGUGAUCGAAAAAGUUGCCGAUAAUCACACAGACGAGGACGUGGUUUUCCACAUGUUGGUGCCGCCAAAGAACCCAGCGACCGAACUCUGGGAAGGUGCCCGCACAGGCCUUGAAGGGGCGUAUGAUUACUUCAAUGCCGACGAGGUGGCCGAGAUCGGCAGAUUGAGCUCGUAUUUGAAAGGCAUUAUCAGCAGAAACGAGCAUAUUUACUUUGACAGCAAGGCCAGAGGCGUGAGGCUGCUGAAUUUCGGCAGUUUCUUCAAUCUAGGGUAUAACAAGCACUCGGACACCAUCGAUGACAUGCUCAAGGGAAAGAAGCUAAAGCUGUUGAGGCAGGUGUUGGCGAACCACCGAGCGAUCAAGUCGCCAGCAGAGAUCAAGGUGAUGCACAAAGCAGGGCAAAUUUCAAGCAGGGCUUUCAACACUGCCAUGGCCAGAGUCGGCAGCGAAAAACCCUUUGUCACGGAAAAGCUACUUGCAAAAUACCUAGAGUACGCUUUUGUCAGAGGCGGCUGUGACAGAGAAGCUUACAUUCCCGUUGUGGCCAGUGGGCCCAACGCCUUGACCAUACAUUACACCAGAAACGACGAUAUCUUGUAUCGAGAUGAGACUGUGUUCGUGGAUGCUGGAGGCAAGCUUGGCGGCUACUGUGCUGACAUUUCACGAACGUGGCCCAAUUCGCCCGACGGCUUCUCGGAGCCUCAGAAGGAUAUCUACAACGCUGUGCUCCACACUAAUAAGGUUUGCAUUGACCAGUGCAAUGAGAACUACGGCAUGUCUCUUCACGAUAUCCACGAGCUCUCUGUCACCACACUCUUGAACGAGCUACGGGUACUUCCUGGCUUCAGCAACCUCAAUAGAUCAGACGUUUCUCGUGAGUUGUUCCCUCACUACAUUGGCCACCACUUGGGGCUUGAUCUUCACGAUGUGCCAUCGGCGUCGAGGUUCAGCAGAUUGUGUAAGGGCAACGUCGUUACCAUUGAGCCCGGAAUAUAUGUGCCAUUUGACGAUAAAUGGCCCAAGCAUUUCCAGGGAAUAGGCGUCAGAGUUGAAGAUGAUAUUGCAAUGGGACGCACCCCGAGCGAUAUAUUGAACUUGACAAGCCUCUGUGCCAAAGAAGUUGCUGACGUCGAGCUGCUUGUCCGUCUGGGCAAAGCAAGCACGCCAGGGCUCUACGACGAGGCCGUUGAAAUCACAAUUUAA